AUGGCCCUUGACCUUCGCGCCCCGCCACUGCCCCCUGGCUUACACUCCAACCCGACCCCCCAGUCGGCAGACCCGACAAAGAAGAAGAUACGCCACUUCCCGCCGGAGGCACUUUUCAUAUUGCAAGCUGCAUGGAGGGAAGACAACUCGCCCAAGAUGGCGCGCCGCUUAGAGCUCCGUGUGCCUGGCGAGGAGGAUUGCAACGAACGGCGGGUCUACUUCUGGUUCCGCAACAAACGCCGUACGCAGAAAAAGCACAGCGAGCUCGCGCCUGUCUAUCUCCCGCCGUUUGUGCCUCCGAAUGCACGUUAUCCUUCCUUGACGGCGGAGAUGCUGGGCAAGUUGCUUGGCGCCUGGGAGUGCAUACCGGAAGGCAGCCAUGAUUCAAUGCGCUAUCAUUGGAUUCACGACGCCUGGCCCCAAGAGCGGAACACGCGCGAAGGGAAUAACCCGCUCCCAACCGAGGACGAUAUUCGAAGAUGGCUCGACGACAAGAAGGCUGGUAUCACCAAAACGACGCCUGACCAAGACGACGAGGAUGAAGAAGAAGAAAUGGAGGUCGAUUCAGAUGACGAAGACGAUCUUCCUCUUGCGCAACGAUUCCCCCCGCGCCGUGUCUCUCAAUCACUCUAUGACGACGACUACGAGCCAAUAGCAUCACCCAUUUCCGUUGAAACACCUCUCAUUCGUCGGCCAAGUGACUCCUACUUCCCUCCAACCCCAACAUCGACCCGUGCCCCGUCCCUCGCCAUAAAAUCCGAGUCCGAUACUCCUGUUGCCCGCUAUUCUUCGCUGCCAAUCAUCGAAACCCUUCCAUACCAAUCAUCAUCCUCUUCCUCGUCAUAUUCGUCUCAAGCACUAUACUCGCCGCCUCCGUCGGACGGGCCCGAAUCCCGUGCUUCAACCGUGUUUUCUGCCCGCCAGAUUGAAUCACCCAUCAUUUCUGCGCGACCGACCAUUCAGACACAAGCGUCAUCAUCCUCGUUCGCAGAUAAUACACCGCCGCCAGAUAUAGACCCGCGCCCACGCCGGCCGGCGACAUCUUCGACUUCGACUUCUACUUCUACGACGCCCCGUCCUUCUCUUCCACGCCGUCUGCCACCGCGAGCGCCACCGCCGCCUUCCAAUGAUACUGAACGCCACCUGCUGGCUGUCUACGAAGCGAUCAAACAGGACCCACCGGGACCAGGUGCACUCACGCCCAGCGCGUUUGACGUGCUUUGGCAGGAACACAACGCGGAGGAGCGGAUGACCCAGUUCCUUGCCGAGUUCCGGCGCGGGAUCGAGCGCAUAUAA